GACUGGUUGAAUUUUGGAUUUUCAUUAUUUCAUUCUAGUUGAACAAUUUUUCUAAAGACUGUUUUGCUACCCUUUUGUUCAACAAUAAUUCUUAUUUCUUCAACAUGGGUCAAAGCCAAUCCGGCCCCGGCGGCAGUGACAAGAAAGAGGAGAAGGACAAGAAAAAGAAGUACGAACCGCCCAUACCUACUAGGGUGGGCAAGAAGAAGCGGCGCACCAAGGGUCCGGACACCGCCUUGAAGCUGCCAGCGGUGACCCCGCACACGAGAUGCCGUCUGAAGCUGCUGAAGCUGGAGCGCAUCAAGGACUACUUGCUGAUGGAGGAGGAGUUCAUCAGGAACCAGGAGAGACUGAAGCCGCAGGAGGAGAAGAAUGAGGAGGAGAGAUCUAAGGUUGAUGAUUUGAGAGGGACACCAAUGUCAGUGGGUACACUAGAAGAAAUCAUUGAUGAUAACCAUGCUAUAGUUUCUACUUCAGUAGGCAGUGAGCACUAUGUCAGUAUCUUGUCAUUUGUGGACAAAGAUCAACUGGAACCAGGCUGUUCUGUUCUUUUGAAUCAUAAGGUGCAUGCGGUAGUUGGUGUCUUGGGGGACGACACCGACCCCAUGGUGACGGUGAUGAAGCUGGAAAAAGCCCCCCAAGAAACGUACGCCGACAUCGGCGGGCUCGACACGCAGAUCCAGGAGAUCAAGGAGUCGGUCGAGCUGCCGCUGACCCACCCCGAGUACUACGAGGAGAUGGGCAUCAAGCCGCCCAAGGGGGUGAUCCUGUACGGCCCCCCCGGCACGGGGAAGACGCUGCUGGCCAAGGCGGUGGCCAAUCAGACGUCGGCGACGUUUUUGCGGGUGGUCGGGUCGGAGUUGAUCCAGAAGUAUUUGGGCGACGGCCCAAAACUAGUACGGGAGUUGUUCAGAGUAGCUGAAGAACAUGCUCCCUCCAUAGUGUUCAUAGAUGAAAUAGAUGCUGUAGGAACGAAACGGUACGAUUCCAAUUCUGGAGGCGAACGUGAAAUACAGAGAACAAUGUUGGAACUGUUGAAUCAACUUGACGGCUUCGAUUCCAGAGGAGACGUAAAGGUUAUAAUGGCUACGAAUCGUAUUGAAACUCUGGACCCAGCUUUGAUCAGGCCGGGUCGUAUCGACAGAAAAAUCGAGUUUCCUCUGCCGGACGAGAAAACCAAAAGAAGGAUUUUCAACAUCCACACCUCUAGAAUGACCUUGGCCGAAGACGUCAAUCUGCAGGAACUCAUCAUGGCCAAAGAUGAUCUUUCUGGGGCCGAUAUCAAGGCUAUUUGCACUGAGGCUGGCUUGAUGGCUCUUCGUGAACGCAGAAUGAAAGUAAUGAAUGAGGAUUUCAAGAAAUCCAAGGAAAGUGUUCUGUACAGAAAGAAAGAGGGAACUCCAGAAGGCCUGUACCUUUAAUUAAUACUUUUUGUUGUAAUCCAAUGAUACUUUUUCUUGUGAAGAUAUUUGUCUAU